GACGAACGGCGCGCGUUGAUUGGCUGUCAGCUUUAGAGCCUCGCGCAGGUAACAAUGACCUCCAACGAUAAUAAGCGCACAAUUUGGACCACAAACCUCACGAAGACCGUUAUCUGGCGAUGACAUCCUGACUGCUGAGGUCACUCGGCCCAGUUCUACCUGCUGACAGAAAUACGACACACAGAGUGAGACCAAAGCUUCGGGUCGCUGACUUUUGCUAAAAAUGCCCAAAAGCGACACCUGGCCGGGAGGGACUGGACUGGAGACAAUGGACAGUGCCAGCAGCUGCGACAGCAUUGUGAGCGGCCAUUCUGCUUUUAGUGACGACAGUUUAGAGCACCUGUCUGCCGAGGAGAAAGCUUGUCUCUUAUUUUUGGAGGAGACUAUCGAGUCUUUGGAGCACGAAGACGACAGUUGCUGGUCUAACGACGAGGUGGACUUCCUGCCUGUCCUUGCCUCCAGACUGGCAGACCUGUCGGUCUCUAUGAGUAAAGGCAAGCUCAAUGGUUUACAAAAGCACAACUCUAUGGAAACGAUCAAGGAAAAAGUGGAGUAUAAACCCAUACAGAGCUAUCUGGUCCCAACACCUUUCGUUUUGGCAAGCAGUUACAAUUCCUCCGAACCUAAUGGCAAAGCUGGUCUCCAGAUGAAGGAAAAGAAAAAAACCCUUUCAUUCAGCAAAAAUUGUGGUGACAGGCCGGAUGUGACGCCUCCUGCAACCAAACCCAAGGACAAUACAGUAAAGAUAAAUGAGGUUCCUUUACCUCGAGGACCUCUAUCCUACGAUGCUCUUGUCUACCUACGGAGGAGCGCUUCCACCAAGAAAACACCUUUGUGUCCUAGAGUUGAUCACACAAUAGACUUGGCCAAGUGUCCUUCGGUCAUCCCAGAAGGUCAGAAUCUUCUAAACAUGUUAAAGUCAGACAGAGCUGUCUCAGAGAUAGGCGGGUUUAAGAUAGAUCCCCCACCUGUUGCUCCCAAACCAAAAAUGAUUCCUUCCAAUGUCUUCCGGAAGAUACAAAAUGAAGCAGCCCCAGCCACAAACUUAUCGUAUAGUCUCAAGAAUGCAACAGAUCCCAAAGUUGUGAGACUGGAAGCCUUGCAAAAGCUUGGCCUCCUCGAAGACCAACAGCCUGAAAAUCAGUCUGUGGCCCGACUGCAGCUACCGAAAUCUCAUUCCUUUGUUGAUCCAAAAGCCAAUACAUUUUCAAAACCUUCUGUGAACAUAUGUCCAUCAAGAAGCCCCUCUUUUUGUCAUGCUCAAGUGGCUUUAGGAACCAGGAACAAGGAGCUGCAGAGCAGCGCUAGCUUCCACAAUUACUCACUUUCUCAUCCCAGCCAACAUAAAUUAGGGGACGGUAAUGAAGAGCGCCCACCUAUAAAAGUCAACCCCCAAAAUGAUCCUGAACCACUACAAAAGACUGCCCCAGAGUCGGAGAAACAGUCUUCGGAAGCGCAACACAUUUCCCCAAAAGCCUCAAACUCAGUUGCAUACACAGUAAUGAUGGUUCCUGGGAUGGGAUCAGACAGAAAAGAGGCUCUCAAGAAACUGGGAUUGCUCAAAGACGAACACAUGUAAGCAGCAGAGGUCUUACCGAGUUGAAGAGCACCAUCAGCUCAAAAGUGAGUUAGACCAUUAAGACGCGACUUGGCACUCUGAUCACACAAAGAAGGAGCAGUUCAAGGAGCAGCUCUUUCCUUAGUAGGAGCAACAGUAGGAGUUUGUCCAAACUCCUACUGUUCUGAUGCAGUUCAAAGACAAAUAUCUGUAUCCCCGAAUUAGUUCGCUUUAGUCUGUCUUUGAUGUCUUAAUGUAUAUUUAGUUUACACACAUGAGUUUGUUGAUUGAUGCAGGAAAGUACAUUAUAUAAUAUCCAUGUUUCCAAGUACAAAGGACAUACUAUUUACUACUUCUACUAAAUGUUCACAGGACUUCAAUAUUGCUUGAGAAAUUCAGGGUUCACGUUUGUGCCUAGACUGACCUGCGGCAGAUGUACAGAUCGUAAUGUAUGCCAUUUCACUAAAGCCAAAGGAAAGUUAAGGACUCUUGUUUUUUCCAAAAAGCUUGGCUUCAUCAUUUUACCUCCUCCAGACUGAAAAGUAAAGGCUAUGUUUACUUUUUUUCACUCAUGUAUAAGAACAAUUAAAAUACAUGAAUUGCUAUAAUGUGACACAUGAUUGUUGAGUAUGAAACGUUUGUCUCGGAACCAGGUCAUUUUGAUGUUUCCGUGCAGCUUGGAGGGAGUCGAUGAGGAUGGUUAGCCAGUACUACUCAUCUUACUCAUGGGCCUGCUGCUCUUCCAUUAUCAGAUUAGCUUGAGCCCGACAUCCGUAUUAACUAAGCAUUCUGUAAUUUCUCUGCUCGCUGUAUCACUUUUGCAUGUUUGACUUCUAAUUAUGUCCUCCUACUCCAGUGGCGCCGACGAUUAUGUAACAACGUCGGGACCUCUCAAUGUUGCCUUUCGUGGUCGGUGUUAUCGGCGGUUAAGUCGAAAGGCUUUGCCAAUGGGGUCCUACCUGUGUAUUGUAUUUCUAUGCGGCGCAAAACAGAGGGUGUCAAAUUUGAAACUGACACUAUUUGUCAGUCAACAAAAAUCCGACACUGAAGAAGAACUGACAUGCAACACAGGCAGAAAUAAAGCUGCAAGAAGGUGCACGCCAUCAAUGUACCCCAGGGGUGCCAGACCACCUUAAUAUGACCUGGUUUAUCAACACAAAGAUAAUGAGUAUUGUGGAUAAUGCAUAUGUUUAAGAGCUAUUUCUUUAUUCAUAAUCAUGUUUGAAUCAGCUCAUAUUUUUUUCCUUAAUUUUACUCUGUAUACUAGUUUCUCUUUGUCUUCAGAUUGCCUGCUUAGACAGGGUCGUAAACCAUCAGGAAUGUGAACACAACC